UUAAUCAUAAAUGAAACAAUCAAAGUGUGCCCAUGAUGAUAAUACUGCAUUCAAACACUUAAUCUAAGAUUUUCUAAAAAUUCAAGUUUAAUAGUUAUUGAAAAAAGUAUAUUUUUUAGUACUACAUCUGGUACACAGCUCAUGUGAAAAUAAAGGUGCCCAUCUUUUGACAUUUGUCCAGGCUGUCCAUGUGUUAAAAUACAAUAUUCUUGAAAGCUUUCUUUUUCUUUCUCAAAAUGACUUUUCUUUCUGAAGAAGUAUUGCUUCCAAAGUCAAUUAAAGUGUAACAAGGAUGUAUUAGUAUUUUCUCCAAAUCUUGUGUAACAAAGUGUAAAUGAUGGAUGGCAGUUGCACACUGGUGUUCAAAAAGGGACUUGUUUUCAACUCUGAAGUUCCCCUGCCGGAUUGUGCAACUUGUAAAGCUCGACGAGCUAAAGUUGUUUCAAAUCCACUUAGUACUGAUGAUAUUGAUAAUCCAGGUGAGUUGAAGAAGCUGUCGGAAGAGAGCUUGACUCGACAGCCAGAAGAGGUAUUUGAUAUCAUUUGCAAGCUCGGGGAAGGAUCCUAUGGAAGUGUCUACAAAGCUCUUCACAAAGAAUCGGGGCAGGUCCUUGCGAUCAAGCAAGUACCUGUUGACACCGACUUGCAGGAAAUAAUCAAGGAGAUCUCAAUAAUGCAGCAAUGUGAUAGUCCUUAUGUAGUAAAAUAUUAUGGCUCUUAUUUUAAAAACACUGAUCUAUGGAUUGUAAUGGAGUAUUGUGGUGCUGGUUCAGUAUCAGACAUAAUGCGGCUACGUAAAAAAACGCUGUCUGAGGACGAAAUUGCGACAAUUCUAUCAGAUACACUAAAAGGCUUAGAGUACCUGCAUUUACGACGGAAAAUCCACAGAGACAUCAAAGCUGGCAACAUUCUCCUGAACUCUGAAGGGCAUGCAAAACUAGCUGACUUUGGUGUAGCUGGACAGCUUACAGAUACCAUGGCGAAACGGAAUACUGUCAUAGGAACUCCAUUUUGGAUGGCUCCUGAAGUCAUUCAAGAAAUUGGGUAUGACUGUGUAGCAGAUAUGUGGAGUUUAGGUAUAACAGCUUUAGAAAUGGCAGAAGGCAAGCCACCAUAUGGUGACAUCCAUCCAAUGCGGGCUAUCUUCAUGAUACCUACAAAACCUCCCCCAUCAUUUCGCGAGCCAGACCAAUGGAGCCCAGAAUUCAUUGAUUUUGUCAGUCAGUGCCUAAUAAAGAAUCCUGAGGAGAGAGCUACCGCCAGUCAAAUGUUACAGCAUGAAUUCAUCGGUAAUGCCAAAGCAUCAACUAUUUUGAGUACAAUGAUUCAAGAAGCAAGAGAAAUUCGGGAGAAUCAAAGCCUUAGGAAUAAUGUUGCAGCAAUGCAGGGUAAAAGCAAUCUUGUAGAGGAAGAUGAUACGGAUAGUAAAACUUUAGUGCCUGACUCAGGAACGCUCAUCAACGAAAAAGGCGGAACAUUAGUCAAAGGGAGCACGCUAGCUGAAGAGUUAGGAACGAUGGUCAUCAAUAGCGAUACUGAUGAUGAAUCAACAAUGAAAAGGCAUGACACGGGACCUGGCGAAUCUGGGAAAAAAUAUAGACCUCUGUUUUUAGACCAUUUUGACAAAAAAGAAUCUAAGACAAUUAAUGAUAAUGGUGCCAUGGAUACCUUAACGAGUCCAAUAAGUCUGAAGCAACAACUAAUCAAUGAUGUAAAUAAUACAAAUGUAGCCCCGCAUCAGCAAAGUCAGGAAGAAAAACAAAGAGUAUUAGUAGCAAUAUCUGGCCAAACAGCUGGCAGCCAAAUGUUGAGGUCAGCUCACCAUCUUCCCCCUCCACUUCCUCCUGAAAACCAACCAAAAUUUCAAAAUGUUUUCGUUGAUGGUGAUUUCGAAUUUCUAAAAUUCCUGAGUUAUGAUGAUCUUCAACAAAGAAUGUCCAGUUUGGAUGCAGAAAUGGAGCGAGAGAUUGAUGAACUGCGUAGACGCUAUCAAACAAAAAGACAACCGAUUCUGGAUGCCAUGGAUCAAAAGAAAAAACGCCAGCAAAACUUCUGAACGGUAUAUUCGUUUUGGACGAUUCAUUUUUGUCUUGUACAGAUGGUCAUCCUAGAAUCCCUGAGACAAAACCAUGAGCUCUGCUUUGGUUUCUAGGUAUGGAUGACUUAAACUAGUGGCAAAAAUAUUUUAAGACUGGGAUAUGGACUUUUAAAAUUCCUCCCAGUUCGAAAGAAAUGUGAUCCCAGAGGGAAUAGACUGCUUUUGUUCAGCAUACUUUAGAUAUUUUUUAAUACAAUUCAAUGGCUUGAAGCUGUAAAAUAAUAAAACUCAUUCUGAAAGGAAAGAGGCUAGUAUGGUUUGUCACCUAAAUGAGUGGUCAAGUCAUUUGUCAUUGAAAAGACUAAAGGUUUAAAAAUACCAAUAAAAUCUAUUAAAUUCUUCUUAGAUAUUCAGGAAACUCUCAAAUGACGGAUAAAAUUCAUCACAAUUAUAAAUCGCACCAUCGAAACAAUGAAAAGGAUCAAUGUAAAUGGUGCUGCCUCAUGGUAACAGUAUCUAGAAAUGUUUGAUUCUUGAAAAGAGCAUGAAACAUUCGAGGACUUCUCUACAUCCCUUGCGGUGGCAAUCCCAUGAGCUCGUGUCUCUGCUCAGACAUAAUUCAAGAUUAUCAUUUUAUAUGUUACCUACCUCAAUUGAAAUGUAGUGGUUUCUAAUCCUUUGUUUCUUAAUCGGGAACUACGUGAUUGACACUUACUUUUCUUUUUCGCCCGAUGAUUUUUUUUUUUUUUUUUUUUUUUUUUUUUUUUCCAAUCACGGGAGUUAAACAUUUUCGCCGCACACUUGUCCCGCUUCCUUUAGUGAAGGUUUCACAGUUUUUCUCGUGCGGUUCACGUUAUUUUCAAUAUAUUUCAAGAAACCUUCUUUCAGACUAUGUUGUUCAUCUGUGCCUAUGGGAGAGUACAGAUCACACGUUUCAGAGCCAUCCAAAAUUUUACGGGUAGCGAACUGACUAAGAGGAAGAACAUAUAUACGAAAACGCCAAUAUUUUAGAGCCUCAACUAGUGCAAAAUCCGUAUCACCACGUGUACAAAUGUAGUGGUCUAAAUAGUUCCAAUUAUAAUUUUCUAGUUUCUCUGUAUUAAAAGACACCCAUGAGACGCCGUAGGUUUUGUGAUCAGGUGCUUGAAAUCUGUAGCGAUAAUGAAUCACAAAUGGAGAAUAUGGAUGCCUGGGUCGAUAGCGUGUCACUCGGAUUUCAGAUCCAUUCAGUACAAUUCGAUGAAAUACUCUUCCGAUACUCAACUUGAAUUGCACAGAUGGGGAGACUGCAUUGGACCGAGGUCCAAUAACGGCACUGCCUCGAUCUGGUAUGUGAGAUUCAGAAUCUAUGAUGAGCUGAAAACCCUGUGCCAAGCGUUGUGAUACAAGCUCGUAAAAAACUUCUUUGGUAGAGAGAGAUUUUUUCUCUGAGGACCUCUGCUGCGCAAAAUCUGCGUUUACAUCAUCAGGUAAUAGAUUAUAGUCAGAGAAGACAUAAUCAGUUUUUAAACAGAUUUCAUCAGGAAAAUAAUCGGUUGUGAUCGGGAGACAUGCAGGAAUGGUAAGAGAUUUCCAAUCAACACCGAAAGAGAGACUUCGGAACACAAGGACCUUUAGUGAAGGUUUCACAGUUUUUCUCGUGCGGUUCACGUUAUUUUCAAUAUAUUUCAAGAAACCUUCGGAAUCCCUGGCAAAAUUCAUCGGGCGAAAAAGAAAAGUAAGUGUCAGUCAAUGUAGUGGUUUCUUUAUAACAGAGAUGCUUUAUGUUUCUUUUCUCAAAAUCUUACUUAUCCAAAGAAUGUCUAAACCCUUUGAUUAUUCAAUGAAGAAGGGAGAAUAUGUUGCCUGGCUGGUAAGCUUUUUUUGGGCCUAAACCUUGUGCUAGACUUUUCUCAUCUUGGAUUGUUGAAUCACUUACAAUAUCAACCUGAAUUCCUGUCAUCAAGAAUAAAAAACAACGGCUAAAUUGGAUCCCUUUCCAAAACUGAACAGUUUGAGUGAUGAAGUGUGGAAAAAAAACUUUUCAACUUCCCUGGAGUUGAUUCUCCGAAGCAAAAAUAAAUUACCUUGGUCAGAACCAUCACCUCAAGUUUUUAUGCCAAAAGGCCCUUCUACACUGGGAAAUGAGCAAUUGACGCAUCAAUUCAAAAUCACAUAGAUACGUUGGGGAAAGAGUUUUUCUUUGACAGUCAGACAGAAAUAAACAACAAAAAAUAUUUAAAAUGUUCAAUCUUGUUUGUAAAAAUGAUCGGAUUCCAUUGUUUAACUUCUAAUCGCUACGGUCUGGUACUAUUAUUUUCUCAAUUUCUGAAGCAUGUCUUGCGGGAAAUGGCAUGGAGUCAGUGUUUUGAUUCAGGAGUAGGAAUAAGUUAUUUCAACUCUCAGGAAGUUCAGGACAGCACACAUUAUUUUCUAAGCCAUCACUUAGUUAGCUCAGAUUUUUGCCCAGCACAAGAGGCUGCCCAACCAGAAUUUUUAUAAAAGAGGUGUUAUAAAAUCGGUGGUUGUCAAAUAACUCCCUGUUUGUUUUUUAUGUUUUGUUUGCCUUUUUUGUACAUAAUCUCUAUUUGUUUUCACUAUACCAUUUGAAUCCCCUAUUUUGUCAUGCGCAGUGAUUGUAUUUAUCAUCGUGCCAUAGCUAAAGAAGCUGGUGAAGUUUGAUUUUUAACCAAGUUCUCCCUUUUCUUAGACUUUGGAACAAAUCUUGAUAAUAUGAGUAUUGCUAACAGAUAGCAUUGCUGUCAAUUGUUAGUGCAUAUGAUACAAUACUAGCCUGAUUUUGUCGCAGUAAAGAGCUGUUCAUUUUCAUUCUUUUUUACAAAAUCAAACAUAAGUAUUUUCAUGAGCUUUUAAACAUCAUUAUAAUUUGAAAUCCUUGAGAUUUGGGUUGGUGAAGCCAGUCACAGAGUGUGUUUUGGUGAUUGAAUCAUGUUAUCACAUAUAAGUACUAGUGUAAAAUAAUGAAAUCUGUUCGAGAGCCAAGUUUCUGUGUCCGAUAGUAACAAAAAUAUCAGCCCUCAAAAAAAAGAUUGCUUGAUUGUACCGACCUUUGUAGUUUGUUGCUUCGUUUCUACCAUCUUCAACUCAUUAAUUACUGAUGCACACAUUUGUAGUGGUUGCUCCUCGCACCUAUAUCUGAUUGGUUUGGAAUUUCCAUAGUUAUCUACAGCUGAAACAACCAUGGUAGGCACUUUGGACGUGGAAUAUAUUAACCAUGUUUUAUUGAAGGGCAUCGUACCAAUCAAUGUGGAACUUAGUGUUCCAAUGUAUCCUACAAAUAUUAUUUUCUACUUACCUAAAAGCUGCUAUCUUCCAAACAUGAUUAAGUGAGAUGCUCAAUUGACCCAUUAGCUCUAGUCAAAUCUGACGGAAUAUAAUGUGUUCUUGUUUGCCUCAAAAUGAAUGGUGAAGUUGAACAAGUAUCUUUCUGGUGUGAUUUCAUCAUUUUUACCAUGCAUCGCAAGUUUACCUAAUAUCAUCACCUAUAGAAUUAUUCAUAUUCUAGUAAUACCUAGGUCAGUAGCUUAUGUUGUUCUUGAGUACUUUCAUCAUAGAUUCCCAAUACUACUAUCAGUGAUUUUGUUAACUGUAACUAAUCUCAGGGCCUGAUAGGCCUGCAAGGAUAUGUUUCAGUGCACCCCUAUUACUUUUUUUAUUUUCGCCUCAGUAAUCUAACUUUCUUCUUACUUUACCAACUGUCCUUUUUUUUCCUCAGAGUUUUCUUAUUUUAAGUGCCCAUACCCUUAAUCCAGCACCAAUUAAUCCUUUUACAGUAAAAAAUCGAAUAUUAUUUUGUUCUAUGAUCAACAAUAAGUUUUUGACUGAUGUAGCAAGCUGUCAAGAUGGGAAUAUUCCUGGAUCUCCAUUCAUCAGUCAACUGUUAAAAAUGUAUAUGUAGAUAAUGGAAGGCGAUUAUAACUUCCCAUUUCUCUUUAUUUAUUUUGGGAUAAAGCACCGGUGGUGUUUCCUAAGAAAAACUCUAAAAAUGUCAAGUGAUUUCCUUGAUCAAUUUCCUUGUUUAGGAAUUUUUAAGGAGCAUAAUUCAAAAGAAAAUGUCAAGCGGGAUGGAUGUAUGAUAUUUUUCCAUAUCAGCAAACAAAUUCCUUUGAAAAUUAGAAACAAACACUGUCCUAGUGGCCCUCUUAUGUAAUUAUGGAUUUCUUCCUCAGAUCUGAUAGUCUUUAUAUUCCUGAGAAGGAACCGAUGUUAUGCAGCACAUCAAUAAUUUUUCCUUUUUAGCCCCCCCCCCUCCCGUCCACCCGUUAUCACAGAGGGAAACUCAUUUCAAGACUGAAAAUAUUUGUCCUACGAUUCAGUUCUUUUCUACAAGGAAUGAUUCAAUCCAGGUAUAGUUAAUCUUCGUUUGCGUUUCUUAGAAAAUUAUCAUUUACUUUCAUCUGUAUCAUGAAUAUUUCUCUUGAUAGGGCGCAACUGACAGUGCAUUAAACUAAUAUUUGCCAGAUAUUUUUCCAAGUUGUGUACAAUUUUUCUGAACUGAAAUUUUUCAUUUGAUGCAAUUUUUGUGCGCUGUGUCUUCACAGUUUAAUCCAGACAAGUUUAGAAGACGCAGGUCAGCCUAUUACUUGAUUCAAGAGCUGUAAUAUUCAGAAUUUCUUGUGUUAUCAGACAAUUCACGGCAUUGAGUGGUCGCUCAUCUUACAGCUUACAUCAAUUGUAUUUGAAAUCCUAAAAGUAAUGUUAUCAAACAGUAGAACUAUGAAUUUGGACAAAGUCAAAUGUUUUGUUUGACCUGAUCAGGAGAUCACCUUGUUAGCUGAAUGACUUAUUCAUUGACUCUGCUAGUAAAUUACGGAUUCAAUGGUUUUUCUCCCCUUUGAGAAGGAUUGAUUACAAAAUUUCAAGUUCCUUUGUAUCACUUACUCUUAACUGUCUUGAGUAGUUCUUACGUGCCAUUGUCAUGGCCAUCAUUAACGGUAGUUCAGCAAUUUUCAGAGUGUUGACCCUAAUGUCAAGUCUGUCUACUUGUAUUGGAGCUUCCAUUUUGUAGAAUUAGUUCGUGGUUUAUAGUCAUAACUUUAGUAUAUCCUACCAAAAUCCUUUCAUAGAUGCUCCUCGUCUCAAGAUAGGUAGCUUAAAUCUCCCAUGUGGACUUAAUCUAUCAAGGUUGUUUUAGGUGCUGCUCAAAAUGUCUGUGAAAAUCAAAACUGUGUAAAUCAAAAUUUUCAAUCUCCUGAUAUCUUAAAUCAGAACUCAAAGUGUACAGUUGGCUCUGCUCUCAGUGAUACACCUGCAGAGGAAUCGGUCGUUUAUUAUGCAUUGGUCCAAAAAUGAGUCCACCUGCUUUUGGCGAAAGUUUGUGCUUGUCUUAUUUUUCAGCGCAAGCAUUCUACAGAGCAUUAGGUCCUAAACUUUAAAACUUAAAAAACCCUUACCUGACUGAGUGCUCUAAUAUGAUUUAAAGUAAUAAUUACUAAUAAUAAAUGCAAAUACUUACUUAUUUUAGUUAUCACAUCGAAAAUUUUUAAUUUUCCGCAGCCCCAUUUUGUAAUUCAUCAUAGAAAUCAAAUAAAAUUUAUAUUUAUUUUCUAUAUUUAUUUGUAAUUACAGAGUUGUUUGUUGGGAUCAUCAAGUGCUUCAAGAUGCAGUGUUACUAAAUAAACAACAUGUUUUGUUAAUCA